AUUGGUUCUAAUUUGGGGAAAGUGAAACUUAUGACGUCAUGUCCUCCUUCGCAUACAAAUGAAUCAUUCCUCAGCUCCAUGAUACACAGAGGGUGGGGGAUACCGCAGAAGCUUAUUCAAAGUUGAUGUCUGAGGAGAAUAUGGCAGAUUCAAAAGUUGAAGAAAGUGCACUGUUUUCUCCCCAACAAAACAGUGAAGAAUUCAGUAUCAGUUACCUGGAUGGCGAUCAGAAAGGAAUUGUUGUGUUUUCCAUGCGUCGGUUCAAAGCCAGGAAUUCCAUGGGGAGAAACAUCAUCAAGAUGAUGAUCGAGGGCCUGGAGGAGGUGAAAUUUGACACCAGUGUCCGAGCUCUUAUUAUUCGGAGUGAAGUACCUGGAGUGUUCUGUGCAGGUGCUGACUUGAAGGAACGCGCCCAGAUGACCAAUCCACAGGUGGCGUCCUUCGUACAGAAGCUGCGAGGGACUGUCAACGAGAUUCACAACUUUCCCGUCCCCGUCAUAGCAGCCAUAGAUGGCGCUGCUCUGGGUGGAGGUCUGGAGAUGGCCUUGGGCUGUGACCUUCGUGUUGCAUCAACUACAGCCAAGAUGGGUCUGGUGGAGACGAAGCUGGCGAUCAUUCCUGGGGCAGGAGGCACACAGCGGUUGCCGAGGGUGCUUGGACCAGCGCUGGCCAAAGAACUGAUCUACACAGGGCGGGUGUUGGAUGGUCAGCAGGCGGCACAAAUCGGACUGGUCAACCAUUGUGUGGAUCAGAAUGAGGCUGGUGAUGCAGCCUAUCAGAGGUCGCUGGCACUUGCGGAGGAAAUACUACCUCAGGGUCCUAUUGCACUCAGGAUGGCAAAACAGGCAAUCAACAGGGGUUUGGAGGUGGAGCUCGAGUCUGGUCUGAAGUUUGAGGAAGCCUACUACGCCCAGGUUAUUCCAACCAAGGACAGGAUAGAGGGCUUGACAGCUUUUAAAGAGAAACGUCCGCCCAAGUACCAGGGACACUGAGAGACCUGAGGUCAUCUAGAUCAAGAGCGGAUCCAGCAUGUUUCAAAGGGAGGGGUCCAAAAUAUCAAAAUCCUCUCUAUCAAUUUUACUGCCUACAACAUACUACAGUUGGUUUUCAAAAGGGGGGUGGGCUGGACUCCCUGGACCCCCCUGGACCCCCUUGGACCCCCUGGAUCCGUCUAUGUAGAUGGUGGACCUCACACGUGUGGUUGAAGUGUGUUUGAAUGUUACCUGAAUCUAUUUUGAGGUCAAAUGUAUCUAGACAGGUAUUUUGUAUUUGGGUUAGCGAAAGACACCAGUGUGAGAUGCCAUGUAUCAUCCAAUAUCAUUACUCGGACUUAUUCAGAUUGUACGCAGUUAUAACCAGUGUCUGGAGUGUAAAUAGCACAGCUAUCCAGCAAAAUAAUCAGACAACUUUCUGAUGAACAGACAAAUAUAUAUCUGGGUCGGGCUGGCUACUUGUGGUAGUUCCCACCUCGGACAAAUAUUUCCCAGAGUCAUCUCCUGAAGCUACCAGUAUUCGAAAUAAGCGCCGGUCUGUAGGCCUGUGAGAGGUAGAUCUCAUGAUGGCGCCGUGGUUUCAAGGUGGUAUGGGUCUUAUGGCCGGCCUGUAGGCCUGUGAGAGGUAGAUCUCAUGAUGGCGCCGUGGUUUCAAGGUGGUAUGGGUCUUAUGGCCGGCCUGUAGGCCUGUGAGAGGUAGAUCUCAUGAUGGCGCCGUGGUUUCAAGGUUGUAUGGGUCUUAUGGCCGGCAGUACAUUUACGUGUCUAUUUAUUUGUCCUGACUGACAGCAUUCAUGUCAUGAACAAGAAUCGGUUCUUUGAAGGGACAGGAACAUGGUGAAAUAUCUGGAAUAUUUUGUAUCAACUCGGUUAGAAUUCCGGGACACUUGUAGUGUUCUGCAUGCAACAGCAGACUGCAGUGAGGUUUCUGUGACCCAGGUCCUGCCCUACAGUCCGCGUCAACCCCCUGAACCUCAAAUUCAAAUUCCGGGUUAUUAUUUAAAGGGUGCUUCAGUCAUUAAACACUGUUAUGAUAUCGAA